AUGGUUGAUGUUCAGGAGCUCCCAUCAACGGGAAAUGUCGACGUACAAGAGGUUAACCAGCCGGCGGCCGACGAGGACUUGAUGGAGCUAGAAGCCUGCAUACGUCGAGGUGACAUAGCCAAAUUACGUGAUUUGAUUCGCCAAAACCCAGAUUCGGCGUCGAGGCGGUUCUCCGGCGGGGGACCAGACUCCAUCUGGCGGCCAAGUUCGGACACGCGGAGGUCGGCCAUGAGCUGA